CAAGUUCAACGACCAUUACUGAGCACUAUCAGUAUCACUGACCACUGAACAGUUUUGCGAAAUUCAGUGUAGUUCUACACAUAAAAAGUUUGAAUCCAUGGACACCACACCGGCACCCACGGACAUCCAGACGCAACCAGCUACCGAGACUACAAGCUCCUUGCCUUGCGCCAUUUGCCGGAGACAGUUCUCGAGGUACACUUGCCCGAAGUGCAACAUCCCCUAUUGCUCUUUGACGUGUUUUCGCUCUGAGACACAUGCGGGGUGCUCCGAAUCCUUCUACCGCAAGGAAAUAGAGUCUGACGUCCGCGGAAAUGCAUCCAAGACUGCGGAACAGAGAAUGAAAACUCUGGAGUUGUUGAAGCACUUUGAAGAGGACUCCAUGAACGAUGAUGUGCUCGGUCUUGACGCCGAUGACUCUGACGACGAAGGUGGUAACCUUGAGAGCAGACUCAGAGACCUCGACAUAGACGCAGCUUCAUAUGAUGAUCUUUGGGCAGCGCUCACACCGGCCGAGCGAGAAAUGUUCACCAAGGCACUUCGCGACCCCAAUAGCGAACUCGCACAACAGCUCCUGUCGAGCGAGGAGCUCGAGAAGGUGCGCAUCGAGCCAUGGUGGGAAGCACCCGACGACCCGAGCACCGACGACCCAAGCACAUCCUGGCGUGCGCAGAAGAGGUACGGCAAGAAGCCCGCGAUGAUGCCAAUCCCUGAGAACAUGGUGGGAACCUCGCACACUCCUGGCAAGUACCCUCUGCUGCUGUAUAACAUAUGCGCCGUCAUGGUGGCAUACGCAUAUGUCACGCGGCACUUCGCCACCUCCCCGCUGACAUCCCUCGACCCAUCCGAGCGAGACGAAGCACGCCGCAUCAUCGCGCAACUCGUGCCCUUCCUCUCGGACCGCCUGUCGAAGACGGUGCACUCCUCGCUCUCUGCGGCGGUUACAGACAUUCUCUCUCGUUUUCAAACAGAUGCCAUGCCGCUAGCGUUUUUCUCGCUCCUCUUGCGCGACGCCGCGGGUUUCCUCCAGCCCUCGACAGUGGUUGAACUCCCAGUGCCAGCUACGCCCGACAUCACAUCGCCAGCGCACCCCGCGCCGACUUCCACGGCUGAGCCUGCCUCCCAUCCAAGCGCACGAGCCCUCCUCGCCCUCUCAGACCUCUCCGCGCUCUUCACUGCCGACAAGAAACAGAACCACGUCACGCACAAGCUGACUUUCUACGCCGCAUACAUGAUGGGCGUGCCUCCAGUGCUGCUGCGCACCCUCGCCGGCGAGGUCGCCGAGCGCGCAGAAGGCAUCGCGAGGGAGGGUAUCGACCUCGGUGGAAUCGGGCCUGUACCGGCAGUGGGGCGGGACGGUGGUCCUGAUUCUAGGAGUAGAGAUAAGCAGACAACAAAGAUCGUUGAAUUGAGUUGAUUCUCCU